CGACAGUAAGACCCAGUGGAAACCGCGCUCGCGCUCCCUGCUCGGAGAGCGACAUGACAACCGCGAUCAACUGACGCUACACAUCCACGGCCGCCCAGAGCAUCUCACCGACGUACAUUACAGGUCGGCGCUCCGCUGAUAGUGAACUGAAGCGCUGGAGAUGCUGAAAGUGACCGCCUCGAGAGCCGCUCCUGAAUACUGGAUCGACGGAUCCAAGAAAGAGACGCUGGCGGACUUCUAUGAGCUGGAGUCUGAAUUGGGACGGGGAGCCACAUCAGUGGUGUUCCGAUGCCGUCAGAAAGGCACCCAGAAGCACUAUGCUGCGAAAAUGCUGAAAAAAACAGUUGACAAGAAGAUUGUACGAACGGAGAUAGGUGUACUGCUGCGCCUCUCUCAUCCAAAUAUAAUCAAAUUGAAGGAAAUCUUUGAGACCCCUGCGGAGAUCAGUCUUGUGCUAGAACUUGUUACCGGUGGAGAAUUAUUUGACAGGGUGGUGGAGAAGGGCUACUACAGCGAACGAGACGCCGCUGAUGCAGUUAAACAAGUGCUGGAGGCGGUUGCGUACCUGCAUGAGAAUGGUAUAGUGCACAGAGACCUGAAACCUGAGAACCUGCUGUAUGCCACCUCAGCGCCAGAUGCUCCGCUCAAAAUCGCUGAUUUUGGUUUGUCGAAAAUUGUAGACGAUCAGGUAACAAUGAAGACUGUGUGUGGGACUCCAGGCUAUUGUGCUCCUGAGAUUUUGCGGGGAUGUGCCUAUGGCCCUGAGGUUGACAUGUGGUCUGUUGGAGUUAUCACGUACAUUUUGUUAUGUGGUUUUGAGCCCUUUUUUGAUGACAGAGGAGACCAGUAUAUGUUUAAACGCAUCCUGAACUGUGAAUAUGAAUUUGUCUCCCCCUGGUGGGACAAUGUGUCUCUCAAUGCCAAGGACCUUGUGAAAAAGCUGAUUGUCCAGGAUCCAAAGAAACGGCUGACGACACAGCAGGCGCUGCAGCACCCCUGGGUGACUGGAAAGGCUGUUAACUUCACCCAUAUGGACACUGCUCAGAAGAAACUCCUGGAGUUCAAUGCUCGUAGAAAACUCAAGGCAGCGGUCAAAGCGGUGGUAGCUUCAUCUCGAUUGGGCAGCGCAGGAAGCCACAGCAACCCGGACAGCAACAAAACUGACAGCAACCCCUCCUCUAUCAAAGAGAAGACAGCAGAGGAUGAGCCAGGCACUGCACAGCCUCAGAUUCAGAAUGAAGGCUCUUAGAUCUCCUCAGAGCCUCACUGGAACUCAAACUUCUUACCUUCAUGAAAGGAACCUUGCUUCUCGCGGUGGGGCUCAUAAAGGACAGAAACCAUGGGCUUUGUUUGCAUGCGGACUUGUUUGUCUAUAGAAACAUCCCACAUUGUGACUCAGCCAGUUGCCAUCCCAUGCCAACAUCUGAUUUUGUACAGUGAAUGAACAUCAUUGGAUGGUAAUGAGAAGAACCAAAUAUCUUCAGAUGAUAAUUUCAUCUUUGGUACUUAAUAUUUAUAUUAUCAUGCUUUUUUUUUUUUUGAUAAUUGCCAAAUUAUUAUAGGACAUAUGUUGCUUUUUAGCUUUGUGCUGCUU